ACAGGACCACUGUCUUAGACGAACGGUGACCAACGAGGCCAUCAGACACGUAUCCUUCGAUCGAAAGUCUGCCUCAAGUGAAAAGGAAUACUAAGCACAGAAUUAUCUGACAGAAGAAAAAACGAAAAAAGGUUCCCGAGCUGAACAUUCUGCUACAAAGGAUUAAAAAAGUAAGGACUAUGAAAGUAAAAUUCAACAUCUCGUUGUACGCUUUUCAAUACUGAAGCUUGGGGUCGUCAUUAUUCAUCAAGGAGAAGAGAUAGAAAUUGCGUCAAUUUUCACGGACUGCGGAUGAGUAAAAUGGUGUAAUAGGGCAAUGUCGGUGAAAAAAAUAUAUAAAAGACCUGUGUUACAGUGGUGUAAAAGAGAAGAAAGGAUGAGCGCUGAACCAGGAAAAGAUGGAGCACCAGACGGUCUUGCGCCACCCGCGGGAGAGCCAAAUGCUGAUGGAAUCGUCGGUGGACCUCGAACUCCACAGCAGAUCGCGGCACAGCGACGAUUGCAGCAAACUCAGUGCCAGGUCGAUGAGGUCGUGGAUAUCAUGAAAACUAACGUAGAAAAGGUACUGGAACGAGAUCAGAAGCUAUCGGAACUAGACGACCGUGCUGAUGCCUUGCAGCAAGGAGCCUCACAGUUCGAACAACAAGCUGGCAAACUAAAAAAUAAAUUCUGGUUACAGAAUCUCAAGAUGAUGAUAAUUAUGGGAGUUAUUGGGUUAGCUGUGCUUGGACUGCUUGUGUUAAAAUUUAUGCCCGCUGAACAGCAACAACCGCAAAUGAUGAUGGGGCAGGUUCCGAUGCAACAGAUGCCGAUGCAGGUACAAGGCGGCCAGGCAGCCGGGGCAGCUCCAGCAGGCCUUGUACAGGACGUCGCCUCGUUAGUCUCCAGCCAGCGUCGGCUUGUGAAUUAAUAGAAUGGAGCCACUGAAGGCGAGUCGAAUUCCCCCGGCGGAGUUUAAAAUUGUUUAGAUAAAACAGUAAAUGCAAAUAACUACAACUACAGAACAAUUUUAAUUAAAACAUGUAAUGCACUAGAACAUAAAAUUUUUCCUUCAUGAUAUUACAAAUAUUUACAAACAAUAAAAUAUCAAGUUAAAACUAGCAGCUUUUCAACAUUUUAAGCGGUGACACCAAGUCUAAAGAGUUUUGUUUUAAUGGAUACAUUUCAUUGAAAUUUGCAUCAACAUACAGCACAACGUUAAGUAAGACACUUCAAGCGUAUUAUUCUUGAAAACUAGUCCGUGCCAUUUGUUUUAUAACGCAUAAAGCAUUGGCUAUCACAAAUUUCGGUUGUCUAAUUAUAAUGUCACUAAACAAAACUAUGUUUAUAGUGCCAUCAGUAUCGGAGAAAUCACAGUUUGUGUAUUGCUGAAAACAAAACGAGAGCUGACAGCAAGCAAUCAUGCAUCAAAAAUAGGCAUUAAACUGGCAUGUUUCUUUUUUUAUGUUGAUGAGAUCAAGAAAUAGUAACAAAUAAAUUAAAAUUAACAAAAUACUGUAAAGUUUCAACGAAAUAAGCGAACACAAUUUCCAUACUAUAACACGUUGCUUUGUUUGUUGAGGAACAGUAUAAAAGUAAUUAAAAGAAAAAACAUAAAAAUGUUCUAGAUUUGAAGUUCAUGGAAACAUAACUCUACUUUAGGAUACAAUAAAUAAGCAACACAAGGAAAUUACGAAGAUAUUAGUGCGAUGUACUCAUUAGCCAAUGAAUCCAAGGUUCAAAUCGGUAGUUCUAGUUUGUUUGAACAAGUCAGCACUUUCAUAUAGUGUACAUUGAAAAUCCUAACAGAACUUGGCGCACCGACAGAAAAUAGCUCACAAAACGCUUUUAAGCAUACCAUCUUGUUGAACGAUGUGAUUUUUUAGUAGACUCCAAUGGAUUGAUUUUCCAACCAUAUUCAAUUACAACACAAAUGCAACUGGAUUAAUCCACCACAAGCCAUACUGAAAAGCAUACAGGAUCCUUUGGAACACUAGAAAAAGCAUUUUUGCCAUCGAUUUGGCAUAGGGCAACGGGACGUUUCGAUUAUUGAAUGAGGUUUGUUUAAUUUCAACGUAUAAAAAUUUUUUAAAUAUGUGAAAACAAUUGGGUUGACUAGAGGGUGACGCGUUUUGGUUUCGCUGAAAUACAAUUUUCUCAUAUGUAAAACGAACGUUUUUUCUGUCAAGUAACCAUGUUUCGAAUAGUUUGAAGAUUCUUAUAGUGGUAAAGAAAGUAUUGGAUUCAAGCCGUCACCUGCGACCGUUGCCUGCGAGCAAAUUACGUAAACUUCUCGGAUAACCCAAUAGUAAACUCGAGUUCUAAGAAUCAUAAUAAAAGAACACAAAUAAUA